AUGUCCGGAAGUUCGGAUCGUCACCCGGGCCGGGCGUUAAAAGCGGGCACUUCACAAGCCGUUCGUGAAGGAGAGGCGCCUUCCUCGUCCUCGACGACGCUCGCGGCCAUUUUGGACUGCGCCGUCGGGCAAAUCCUCCGCCACCUUUCGACGACCCUCCGCCCCUUUGACGUGGCGGACGGGAUCGCGCGGGCGAUGCUCGACCUGCUCGACCCCCCCUCCCUGUGGGCGGUGGUCCUUUCGCGAAACCACGCGGGGCUGUGCGGGCGGGUGGGCUGCGCGGCGCCCCCACGCGGCCUCCCAAACCGCCCCGCCAACGCCGGGGAUUCGACCGAGACGAGGGGAAAGGACCGAAGGGGAGGGAACCAUCCACCCCCUGAGGGAGGUGAUCCUCCCUGUGAACAUCAGGCCAAUUCCUGUUACAGCCGUAAUCCUCAGGAUCAGGAUGACGAUGAUGAGCUCGCCGUGGAGGGGGAUUUGCCCUCCGCCGACGACGAGGAGAGGGAUUUCUACACCGACACAUCGUUUCGCCUCGCACGGCGGUUGCACCGCCGGCUCAGACGUCUCCGCGAAAAAAACAACCUCGAUGGGGGGAAUAAUGAUAAAAAUCCGGGGGAGUCUCACGCGGGAGGACUUUCUCGAACUCCCCACGCCGCGCGAGGGGGGGGGUUGAUCGGCCUUCCCGCGGUGGAUCGCUUUUGCAGCGUCGAAUGCGCGGAUUUUCACGAAUCAACGCUCCGCGCGGGGGUAGGAGAGGGAGGGAUUUCCCGCCAUCGCGGUCCCCACCUCGCGAACGUCCUUCGCACCCUCUACCCGAAUCUUCCCCACGAGGUGGGGGAACGACUCGAGAAGAUGGAAACCCCAGUGGUUUCUUCUGCUUCCACGCACGUUCUGUCCGAUAUUGUUGUGGAGGCGAAUCAUUCGAGUUUGGAUAAUCAAAAAAAGGAGGUGAAUUGGGCCGAUGAGGCGCUCGACCGGAUGCAGACGGGGAACCCUCGACGGCUGUGGGAAGGCGGCGCGGCGGUGCGGCUUUUCCGCCCUCUCGACGGAGAGGAAGCGGACGGGGUAGGGUCGAUUGACCUUUUGCAAGCCUCGACCUUAUCCGGGGCACUUCUUUUGCACGAUUUUUUCUUCACAAUCAGCACCCCGGCGACGAAGCGGGGGCUGCUCCACCUCUACGUCAACCGCCGCGCGCGGAUUUCGCGGCGGUUCGCGCGCGUCGACGAAACUCACCGCGGCCGCGGCUUUUCGCGUCUGUUCGAGCCGCUUUUUCGCGAAUUGGACGCGCGAGCGGGCGACGGCUCCGCGUUUUCGUCCUUUUCUUUGAAUAAGUCGCCAAACCCGGCGGCCGCGCGGGAUCGCCGGGGGCUUUUCACCGCUCGGCUCCUCACGGCGGACGUCGCGGCGACCCUCGCGCGGCUGCUCGGGAUGGACGUCGGUGUGAUUUCGGGCCCCGCGUGGGGCGCGCUCUGGCGGCGGGAGGAUUUCCUCCGAAGUUUAACUUUCCCCGCGAGAAUUCCCGCGGUGUUUUUAUCACCUUCUUCGUCGUCCGCGGGGGUGGGGCUCGCGCUGGGAAUGUUCCUCGCGGGGGUUUUGCUUUGCGAGGAAGCGGCGCCGUGGGUGGCCCUCGCCGAGUCCAACGAGGAGCUCGACGAGCUCCUCAACGUGCUCGGAAUGACCGACGAGGACUUCCGCUUCGCCCUCCGCGCGCUGUUCUUUGAUCUCGAGGAUUAG